UUAUUUCAGGGGUUGUUGCAACAAACUUUCAGAUACAAACAAACAAGCUUGGGCUAAACUCUAUUUCCGAGUUUCAACAUUUGUGCGUAGGAUUAGUUUGUGGAACUAGACGUAUUGUAGGAGGAGAUACUGAGGUUACAAUGAAGUUUAAGAAGACAGUUUUUGUAACUGUUGGGACAACUAGUUUUGAUGCUCUAGUGAAAGCGGUGGUUACACCAGAGGUUAAAGACGAGCUGUCAAGAAGAGGGUACACUGAUAUUCUCAUUCAAAUGGGCCGUGGCUCCUAUAUUCCCUCAAAGUCUGAAGGAAGUGGUGAUUCCAUCGGAGUAGAUUAUUUCACUUUUUCAUCAAGCAUUGCAGACCAUCUAAGAGCGGCAUCUCUUGUCAUUAGCCAUGCAGGGUCAGGGAGCAUAUUUGAGACAUUGCGACUUGGGAAGCCCUUGAUUGUUGUGGUUAAUGAAGAUUUGAUGGACAACCAUCAAUGUGAGUUGGCAGAAGAACUAGCAGACAGGAAGCAUCUGUACUAUGCUCGUCCACAGACACUUCAACACAUUAUUGCAGAUAUGAAAGUGGAGUCCCUCAUUCCAUACCAUCCAGGUGAUGCCACACCCGUAGCCAAACUUAUCAAUAGGUUUCUUGGUUUUUUCUGAGGAUUGAUGGACGUGUAAUGACCAUAUUACUUGAUCCUAAUAUAUCAGUUAGUUUACUGAAUUUGCAUGAUCAAGAUGGAUCCUUUGGUGAAGUAAGAAUUAUUUCAUGGUGAGCAUGGAUA